AUGCAAGAAGAGCUAAAUGAAUUUAAGAUGAGAGAUAUUUGGGAUCUGACACCUAGAACAAAGAAAAACAUUAUUGGAACCAAGUGGAUUUUGAAAAACAAGCUAAAGGACAAAUAUGAAGUGGUCCGAAACAAGGAAAUACUUGUUGCACAAGGCUACAGUCAACAAGAGGGCAUUGAUUACACUAAGACAUUUGCUCCGGUGGCCAGAUCUACUAAUGGCAUUCUUUGCCAAGAACUUUCUAAAUUUCUGCCGCUUGAAUUUGAAAUGAGUAUGAUGCGAGAAAUUAAGUCCUUCUUAGGGAUAUAUAUUCAGCAAAGUGAAAAAG